CACGAGUCAAUUCAGUGCAAGCUGGGCCCAGAUUUGAGAAUGACAGGGCCUGAUUUGUCAAUGGCUAUGCAGCGGGAAUGAGGACGCGUUUAAUUGAGAAGAUGCGCAUGUGGAGUGAAUGACGGCGACCUCACAGUAUCAAACUGAGGAACAGAUAGCCAGCAUGUUUAAUGGAUCAACGACAAGCUGAGAUGGAUGGCGUACAAGAGAGGAUGCAAGCAUGUGAUUGGCUGCAGCCUCACAGGAGUGGAUGCAAGCGGGAUGCAGGAGGAGAGGUGUCUGCCAGGAAGCUGGGGCGGAUGCAUCUGUCACUGACUUGAGCGCAACUUGCUGAGGAAAACAUGUUUGGAUCUCACUUUUGACUCUCCUCCACCUCCUCAAUUCUCUGCAUCACCUAUGGAGUGAGCUGCUUUUUAAAUGUUUUUCUUCUUAUAAAUGUGCGUCCCGGCAGUGGAUCGCCACCAUGGAUUCCCCCGCUGCCGCUGCUGCGCCUCUGGAAUGAUGUGACCGCCCCGUUUCCAAAGCGGGGUGAAGAUGCCGGUGAUGAAGGGGCUGCUGGCCCCUCAGAACACCUUCCUGGACAACAUCGCCACUCGCUUUGAUGGCACCCACAGUAACUUCCUGUUAGGCAACGCUCAGGGCCACCGUGGCUACCCGAUCGUCUACUGCUCGGACGGCUUCUGCGAGCUGACUGGCUUCACGAGGACCGAGGUGAUGCAGAAGAACUGCAGCUGCCGCUUCCUGUACGGCGCCGACACCAGCGAGCACGUGGCCCAGCAGAUGGAGAAGGCUCUCGAGAGCCGAGAGGAGUACCAGGCCGAUGUCCACUUCUACAGGAAGAAUGGUGUAGCCUUCUGGUGCCUGUUGGACAUUGUGCCCAUAAAGAACGAGAAGGGGGAGAUGGUUCUCUUCCUCUUCUCGUUCAAGGACAUCACAGACAGCCACGGGAAAAGCCAUCAUAACAGCAGGAGGGAAGAAUUCAGCUCAGGCCAUGUUUCAGAGGACAAGCGGCGCAGGCGGAAGGGCAGCUCUCACCUGAGCGAGGCCAGAAAGCGAGGGCGCAACAUGUUGUACCAGCUCACCAACCACUUCUCCAGGGGAAGCAAAGGGGAGGUCAAUCUGGGCAGUAGCAUGAUUGACAGGCCCUCAGUGCCAGAGUACAAGGUGGCGGCGGUCCAGAAGUCCCGCUUCAUCCUGCUGCACUACAGUGUGUCCAAAGCGCUGUGGGACUGGCUCAUCCUCUUGGCCACCUUCUACGUGGCCGUCACUGUGCCCUACAACGUCAGCUUCACACCAUACCACGACACAUUGACGGCGGCGCGCUCCACCAUUGUCAGCGACAUCGCGGUGGAAAUGCUCUUCAUCAUCGAUAUCAUCCUAAAUUUCCGUACUACCUUUGUGAGCCAGUCGGGCCAGGUGGUGUACCAGUCGCGCUCCAUUUGCAUUCACUACGCCACUACUUGGUUCUUUGUGGACUUGGUGGCCGCUCUGCCCUUUGACCUGUUGUAUGCCUUCAACAUCACAGUGGUCAGUCGUCUUCAACCAGUACUGCAAGUGGAGAAAAUGUGCAGGAUGGAUAAAAGUAAAUGUCCGCUUCUCCCAAAACAGACCUCGCUGGUCCACUUGCUCAAGACCGUGCGUCUGCUGAGGCUCCUGCGCCUGCUCCAGAAACUGGACCGCUACUCGCAGUACAGUGCCAUGGUGCUGACCCUGCUCAUGUCUGUGUUCGCCCUGCUGGCGCACUGGAUGGCCUGCAUCUGGUACAUGAUUGGACGCAAGGAGAUCGAGACCAGCGACUCCUGGGACAUAGGAUGGCUACAUGAGCUCGGCAAACGUCUGGAGAUGCCCUACGUCAACAAUACGGUUGGCGGCCCGUCGGUGCGCAGCUCGUACAUCGCCGCCCUCUACUUCACCCUCAGCAGCCUGACCAGUGUGGGCUUUGGAAACGUGUGCGCCAACACGGACGCCGAGAAGAUCUUCUCCAUCUGCACCAUGCUUAUCGGCGCGUUAAUGCACGCCUUGGUCUUUGGGAACGUGACGGCCAUCAUCCAGAGGAUGUAUUCACGGCGCUCCCUCUACCACACACGCAUGAAGGACCUGAAGGACUUCAUCCGCGUCCAUGGACUGCCUCAGCAGCUCAAACAGCGCAUGCUUGAAUACUUCCAGACAACGUGGUCGGUCAACAAUGGAAUAGAUGCCAACGAGCUCCUCCACGACUUCCCCGACGAGCUGCGGGCCGACAUAGCCAUGCAUCUGAACAAAGACAUCCUGCAGCUGCCCGUCUUUAAGGGCGCCAGCCGAGGGUGCCUGCGCUCGCUCUCCCUCCACAUCAAAACCUCCUUCUGCGUCCCUGGGGAGUACCUGAUCCGCCAGGGUGACGCGCUACACGCCAACUACUUUGUCUGCUCGGGUUCCUUGGAGGUGCUGAAGGACGGCAUGGUGCUGGCCAUACUGGGGAAAGGAGACCUGAUAGGGUCUGACCUUCCUGCAACCGAUCAGGUGAUCAAGACAAACGCUGACGUGAAGGCCUUGACCUACUGUGACCUCCAAUACAUCAGUGUGCGUGGGCUGCGGGAAGUGCUGGACCUCUACCCCGAGUAUGCCAGCGUCUUUGCCUCCGACAUUCACAACAAUCUGACCUACAACCUCCGGGAGGGCAGCCAAGAUGAGGGUCUCAGCAGGUUUUCAAGGUCGCCCAGGAUCCCCCAUGAGCCCAGACUGACUCCUGUCGUGGAAACCAAAAGCGAGGAUCUUGACGACUCGUUCCACCUCUCUCCGGCCACCCGCUCCCGCCGUAACCUCCUGUUGCCCAGCUUGAGCAGCCCCGUCCGUCGGACAUCUCUGGGCAACCUCCUCGGCGACGAGCUGCGUCAAUUCAACGCCCUGCGACGCUGCCGCUCACCGAACCUGAGCCGCGGCUUCCAUGGUCAGAGCGCGUCACCUCAGCCGCCUCCGAAAAGAGAGCAUGUCGUCUCUCCAGCAGCGUCCACGUCCUCCCAGGGUGAGAUGGGGAUGGACCAGAAACCAUCGAAGCUGCUUAUCCCGACUGUCACCUGUUUUGGACCCCCGGAUCUUAGUCCCAGGGUUGUGGACGGCAUUGAGGACAAUGGACACGCAUUCCAUUUCAAUGUGGAGCACACCGGGCCCAAAGCCAGAACAGGAAGCAGCAGCAGCGGCAGCACCCAAGAUUCCACGAGGGUGAAUUCUCAUCUACUUCUGGAGACCGAGGAGGUCCGGCAGAGCAUCAGCAAACUCCACCAAAAGAUGGGCACGUUAAACCAGGAAAUAUCGGAGCUCACCAAGGGCCUGCAGCACAUGAUGCAUCUCCUCCAAGCCCACGUGUCCUCCACACAUCAGUACUCAUACCAUCAUAUCCACCAAAUGGUGCCCAACCCCUCCAGGGCGUCAGCCUUCAACGUGGGCAGCCAUGACAGCCACAGCAUACCAAGUGUGCCCCCUUGUGGCCACUGGAGCCACCACACCUCCACUCCUCAUCCAGGGUUACCCCAGCAUCAUAGCUCCAGGUUGGCCACGCCCUCAUGGACCGGGUCCUCUCUUAUUAACAGCAGACGAGGCUUCCAGAGUGACAGCCCAGGCCUGGUACCUCACUCUGGACAUGCGGACCCCCUCGGCAGACCUCUCAGUGCGAGCCCGACCACCAUCAGUCAGUCUCAGCCCACUUUGUGCCUGCAGCCCCCCGUCGAUGGCGACAAACGUGUUUGUUUUCGUACGGGCUCAUCCACAGACAGCCUGCUGGCUCCGUCCACCACUUCUUCUUACCCUCUUCUCAACCUGCACACACAUUCCCAUCUCAGUUCAGCCCAAACCUCACAUGAGGACACGCAAACGGAUGUCUCUCGUCCCCCUUUACCCCCAGAUUCUACGCCCGCUUGCCUACUGGGGAUCAGCAGGGAUGGUGGGUCCUUGCCAAGGUCCAGCAUCGGUGUCCAGACACAGGAAUCACCGAGCAGUCCAGGUGUCUGGACAUCAUAGAUUAAAGUUUGAAGCUUGUAACAGUGUUUAAAACAACCUGCAGGGUCCCUUAAGCCCACUUACUGUAAGUCCCCCAAGAUCUCAUGUUUGUCCAACUUCAUUUAGUAUUAGGGCCACACAAAGACAAAAUACCACUACCAGGAGAAUAUUGUCAUAAUUACCACAUGAAAAAAGGAAUUUGAUGACAAUAAAAUAGUAAUAUUAUGAGGGAAACAACUACAUAGUUUUACAAGAGUAAAGGCAUUAAAAAAAAAUUGAGUAAUUAUUUUGAGAAUAAAGUCGUAAUAUUUUGAAAAAAAAUAAUUAAGUGGUGUUUCAAGAAAAGAGUGUUCGUUUUAAAAUAGAGUUGUUAAAAUAAAGUUGUGAUAUUGUGUGAGUAAAGUUGUAAUAUGUGGGGAAAAAAAGACUUACAAGAAUUACAGCAUCAUUUUGCAGCAAUAAUGUUGCAGUCAUAUAAGAAUACUAAUAAGAAGAAAAUAAAAUUUUCCUCAGCCACCAUCUUAUCGUGGUGGAGGAGAUUGGUAGGGUCACCCAUGACAAGCAGGUCCUAAGGGAGGGACCAGACAAAGAGUGGCUCAUCAGACCCUAAUGAUGAGAAAUAACGUUGGACCUAUAUUUCCCUCACCCGAACGUGGGUCACCGGGGCCCCCCUCUGGAGCCAGGCCUGGAGGUGGGGCACGAUGGCGAGCAUCGGGUGGCCGGGCAUUGCCGGAAGAGGUAACAUGGGUCCCCCCUCCGAUGAGCUCACCACUCAUGGGCCAAAAAAGUCGGGUGCAAAGGAAGCUAAGCGGUGGUCGAAGGCGGGAACCUUGGCGGUCCGACUCUCGGGUGCAGAAGCUAGCUCACAUGUGGAAUGUCACCUCUCUGGUGAGGAAGUAGCCUGAGCUGGUGCGUGAGGUGGAGAAGUUCUGGCUAGAUGUAGUCGAACUCACCUCGACACACAGAAAGGGCUCUGGGACCAGUCCUCAGGGGUGGCAAUUUUUGUUGUCCCCCUGCUCAGGGCCUGUACGUUGGCGUUUAACCCGGUGAACGAGAGGGUAGUUUCCCGCCGCCUUUGGGUGGAGAGACGGGUCCUGACGGUUGCUUGCACUUACGCACCAAACAGCGCUUCAGAAUACCCACCCUUUAUGGAGUCCUUAGAGGGAGUACUGGAGAGUGCUCCCUUGGGGGAUUCCUUUGUUCUGCGGGGGGACUUCAGCGCUCAUGUUGGGAGCGACAGUGAGACCUGGACAGGCGUGAUUGGGAGGAACAGCCCUCCUGAUCUGAACCCAAGCGGUGUUUUGUUAUUGGGCUUCUGUGCUCGUCAGAGAUUGUCCAUAAUGAACACCAUGUUCAGUUCAAGCAAAAGGGUGUCCACAUGUGAAUUUGGCACCAGGAUAACUUGGGCGCAGUUCGAUGAUUGACUUUGUGGUUGUGUCGUCAGACUUGCAGCCACAUGUUUUGGACGCUCGGUUGAAGAGAGGGGUGGAGCUGUCAACCAAUCACCACAAGGUGGUGAGUUGGCUCCGAUGGUGGGGGAGGAUGCCGGUCAGAUGUGGUAGGCCCAAACACGUUGUAAGAGUCUGCUGGGAAUGUCUGGCAGAGUCCCUGUCAGAGGGAGUUUUAACUCCCUCUGAGAGCAGUAUGACCAUGUUGACUGGGCCAUGUUCCGUGCCUCCAUUGUCAAGAUGGCUGAUUGGGGCUGUGGCCGUGAGGUGGUCGAUGCCUGUCGUGACAGUAAUCACAUAACCCAUUGGUGGACACCACUGGUGCGGGAUGCCGUCAAGCUGAGAAAGGAGUCCUAUUGGGCUGUAGCUGACAGGUACCCCAAGGGCCAAGCAGUCUGUGGCUCUGGCGGUUGCUGAGGCAAAAACUCGGACAUGGGAGGAGUUCAGAGAAGCCAUGGAGAACGACUUAUGGACGGCUUUGAGGAGAUUCUGGACCACCAUCUGCCAUCUUCCAUGAGAGGGAAGCACUGCACAGUCAACACCAUGUACGGUGGGGAGGGUGGUGAGAUGUUGUGGAACGGUGGAAGGAAUACUUCAAAGACCUCCUCAAUCCCACCGACAUGUCUUCCAAUGAGAAAGCAGUGUAUGGGGACUCCACGGGAGUCCACUCCACUCUCUGGGGCUGAGGUUGCUGAGUUAGCCAAAAAGCCCCUUGGUGGCAGGGGCCAAGGCGUGGAUGAGAUCCGCCCGUAGUUCCUGAAGGCUGUGGAUGCUGUGGGCGUGUCUUGGUUGACACGACUCUGCAGCAUGAUUUGAACAAAUUGUUUGACUGGGGCGUUGCCUCUGGCUUUGCAGAGCGAGGUGGUGGUCCCCCUUUUUAAGAAGGUGGACCGGAGGUUGUGUACCAACUAUCGUGGGAUCACACUUCUUAGCCUUCCUAGUAAGGUCUUGGAGAAGGCAUUCAACUGUGUUCCUUGAGGAAUUCUGCGGGGAGUGCUCAGAGAAUAUGGGGUACCGGACCACCUAUAGUAAUUCAGGCUGUUUGUUCCCUGUAUGACCGGUGUCAGAGUUUGGUUUGCUAGCAAUAAGUCAGACCCGUUUCCAGUGAGGGUUUGACUCCGCCAGGGCUGCCCUUUGUCACCGAUUGUGGUCAUUACUUUUAUGGAAAGAAUUUCUAGGCACAGCCAGGGCGUUGAGGGGUUCCAGUUUGAUGGGCAGGAUUGGGUGUCUCCUUUUUAUAGAUGAUGUGGUCCUGCUGGCUUAAUCAAGCCGUGACCUUCAACUCUCACUGGAUCAGUUUGCAGCCGAGUGUGAAGCGGCUGGGAUGAUAAUCCGCACCUCCAAGUCAGAGUCCAUGGUUCUCGCUCGGAAAAGGGUGUCAUCUGCAGGUCGGGAAUGAAAUCCUGCCCAAGUAGAGGAGUUUAAGUACCUCGGGGUCUUGUUCACGAGUGAGGGAAGGAUGGAACGCAAGAUCGAUAGGCAGAUUGGUGCAGCGUCUGCAGUGAUGCAGACUCUGCAUCGGUCUGUUGUGGUGAAGAGGGAGCUGAGCCGAAAGGCAAAGCUCUCAGUUUAGCUGUCCUUUAGAGAUAGGAUAAAAAGCACUGUCAUCCGGGAGAAACUCGGAGUAGAACCGCUGCUCCUCCGCAUUCAGGUCAGGAUGCUUCCCAGACACCUUCCUGGGGAGGUGUUCAGGGCACGUCCGACUGGUAGGAGGCUUUGGGGAAGACCCAGGACACGUUGGAGAGACUGUCUCUCAGCUGGCCUGGGAAUGCCUCGAGAUCCGCCAGGAGGAGCUGGACGAAGUAGCCGGGGACAGGGAAGUCUGGUCUUCCCUGCUUAGGCUGCUGCCUCUGCAACCCGUCCUCAGAUAAAUGGAAGAAGAUGGAUGGAUGGGUGUUAAUUUUACCAGAAUAAAGACCCUGUAAUUUAAUGACAAUUAAGUAAUAAUAUUAAGAGAAAAUGUUGUAAUUUUACAAGAAUAAAGUCAUCAUUUUACAAGAAUAACAUUGCAGUAUUAUGAGAAAAAAUGAGAAUAAAGUGGUAAUAUUAAUACAAAAAUGUCAGAAUAUAAUAAGAAAAAAGCAAUUUACAAGAAUUAAAUCAUAAUUUUUCAAAAGUCAACUGGUGGUAUUGUGGAAAAAAAACUAAUAAAAAGUAAUUUUUAAAAAAAAGAAAAAAGAUGCCAUUUUAAAGAAUAAAGUCAGAAUAUGAUGAGGGGGAAAAAAAUAAUAAUUUUCCAAAAAAUAAAGUCAUAAUUUUACAAUAAUUAGGUGAUAGUUUUACAUGAGUAAAGUUGUGUUGUUGUGAGAAAUACCUAAUUAUUUUCCCAGAAUAAGGCAAUUAAGAGAAGAAAGGUUGUCAUUUUACAAGAAUAAAGUCUAAAUAUUACGGACAAAAAAUACAUUUAGAAUUAAGUCAUAAUUUUAAAAGAAUAACGUAGCAUUAUGAAAACACUUUUAUUUUCUGAUAAUUACAUAAUAUUAAGAGAAAAAAAGUAAUUUAUACAAGAAUAAAUUCAAAAUAUUAUAAGAAAAAACAAAUAAUUUUACAAAAAUAAAGUUAUGAGAAAAGCCUCCCAAUUUUACAAAAAGAACAUAAAGUGGUAAGAUUAACAGAAGAUUGAUAGAAAUAUGUUUAUACACAAAUAUUACAAAUAUCUGAAUAUUAUGAGGAAAAAAAGAAAUAAUUUCACAAGAAUAAAGUCAUAAUUUGACAUAAAUAACGUUGUAAUAUUAUGUGAAAAGUCAUCAUCGUAAGAGAAUAAAGUCUUAGUAUUAUUUUUUUUCACUAUAAUUCAUAUUUUAUUCCCAUAACAUUAUGACAAUUUUCUAUAAAAUGUAAUUUAUUCUUUUAAUAUUCCAAAUUAUUUCUUUUUAAAAUACUUUUUCUGGUAAUAAAACAGCUUUGUUCUUCUUGUAAUUUUUUUUUAAUGGAAAAACUGAUUUUCUCAUAAUAACAUAUUUUUUCUUCUGAGUGUGGGCCUAAUACUCACUUUGAGUUUUUUUACCAUGACUAUGCAAAGGCAUGUUGGGUUUUUUUGUGCAUUAUCUCAGCAUUUACUGAUGUGUAUCUAAACUAUAGUAUAGUUUCUUCCAGCUCGUGAUGCGUGUUAUUUACUUUGCAUGGUAAAAUAUUAUUUUUCCUAAGGAAAAGGUUUGUAACAUCAAUGUGUAAAGCAUUCUACAUGACAAACUAAGGUAAUUGUGUAUUUCUACAAUGCUGGGGGCGUUUUUGGAUGAAGGCAACACAUGUAGAUGUUUUUCUUUCAUGGCUUAUUUGUAAGUGACUGACUCGUGAAUACGAUAAAACCCACCAAGUCAAAUUGUAUAAGAAAGUAUAAAAAAAAUCCCUUUAAUUUACAAAACUCUGAAUGCCUCGUUUUGUAAGGAAAAUAAAGAAAGUGCUGCUGUCAUAUACAAUAAUGGAAAAAAUGGUUAGACCACCCUUGUUUCUUCAGUUGACUGAUCCAUUGUAAUGCCUGCUACAACUAAAGGUACAUUUGUUUGGACCAAUAUAACGAUGAUAACAAAUAUAGCUCAUAAGAGUUGAAUGUAAGAGCUGAUAUCUAGCAACUUCCAUGGUUUUCUUGAUAAUAACCUAAAUCACUUAAGUUCUUACAUGAAUAGCUAUAGCAUUGUACUGCCAAAAAUGUAACCCUUAUGAGCUAUUUUUGUUGUCAUUGUUAUAUUUGUCCAAACAAAGGUACCUUUAGUUGUAUCAGGCAUUACAAUGAACAAGAAACUGAAGAAACAAGGAUGGUCUAAUCAUUUUUUCCAUGACUGUAGUGUGCUUUCGUGGGAAAAGCUUGUAGAACUCUCAAGUGACGAAACAUGCAAUCUGUGAUUGCACUUUAUCCCUUUUUAAGAGCAAUACUCUCACCACUGACUCUCAAGCUGAUUAUAUAAGCCAACAUUUUAUCUAUUUGUUGCCUAAAUCUGUGUUGUUUGACUUACUGAAGCAGCAGGCACAUCAACAUCAGCGUGGUUCUUUUUGUUGCCAAAAUGCAAUAUCAAAUGUAAUGCCUGUGGUUAUUCUCAUUCAUCCAGGUCAUCGGAUUCUCAGGGCAUUCAGUCGAUCGCAACUGGACUGUUGUCUAAGAAGACGUUUUGCCUCUCAUCCGAGCAGGCUUCAUCAGCUAAUGCUCAAAGACUCGGUGGGACACACACCAGUCAGACUAGAUAGGACAGCUCUGGCCUGAAUGUGGCGCAAGAUCCAGUGUAUUUAUCUUCUAAAGGAGGGUGCAUGUCCAGAGAAGAAUACUUUCGCUCCCUUGUGGUGUCAAAUAACGGCCGUUGGGCCCACCAGAUGUAAUGACGGGCAUGGAUCCACCAGAAACAAAGGUGGCUGCGCCUUGUUUAUUUGUUAGACUGCUAAAUGAUUGAAUCUUUUAGGAAGGGAUGAAAAGACAGCAUUGUUUGUGGGGGAAAAGGUGAUGACACAGGAAUGAUACACAGAAAAAUUAUAAGAUAACGUAACAAUGUGGUAAUAUAAUUGUCAAAGUUUUGUCACUAUGAAUAAUCAAUAUAACAAACACAAUAAAUAAUCAUCAGUAUAAAUAGACAUUACAGAACAUGGUUGUAAUAAUAGGUGAGUACAGACAAUAAACUCACAGGAAUGAAGAGUUAGUAGUAAGUGUUGUAGUGAUUGGACAUAGCAUUUUGUACACAGUGGUUCAGGACUCUUCUUCCUUAUAUUUUGCAAACAUCAACUGCUGUUUCUUGAAAUCACUCAUUUGGUGCAUUGUUUGAGUCCCUUGUUCAAUCCGUUCCAUAAUUUGAUUCCACAUACUGAGAUGCUGUAGGCUUUUAGCGUUGUCCUCGCGUAUUAAGUGUUUUAAGAUUUAGUUUUUGCCUGAAGUCAUAUUUCUCCUCUUUUGUUGAAAAUAAUUGUAUGACAUUUUUGGGUAGCAGGUUAUUGUUUGAGAGCAGUAAAGAGAGAGUAUGGAGUGAUUUUUGGUUGAGGAUCAAUUUCAAUUUAUUCAAUAUUGGAUAUGUACAAUCAAAUACAAAUAGAUGGAGUGAAUAUUGAAUGAGUGAAAGAAAAUAUAUUUCUGGGAAUUAUAAUAGACGAAAAAACGAGUUGGAAAUCUCAUAUCAAAAAUAUAAAUACAGUCAAACCUGUCUUAGCGGCCACCUUUAUAGAACAGAUAACAGAUAUAGCAGCCACUGAAAAAUCCCCCGCAGCAAAUUUACAUGUUAUAGACCCUGUGUAUAGCAGUCACCUGUCCAACGCGGCCAGCGGCCACCCAUUUUGUCUCCCUUGGUCAAUAUCUGACCGCAUAUAGCGGCCAAAUUACCGACUCAAGUAGAAGCUUCAUGCACGAAAAAGUUUUGUUUUUCAAUCAAUGAAGCCGUCGUGUGUAGACUUUAAUUACUGAGUCCUAGCUCAGUCACAAUCAUUCACAAGAUCCACACAAACUGUCAGUUGUUCCACAUAAAAAAGCCGUCUUCUUUUGAGCUUGCUAUUUCCUGGUCAAACAUGUAACUUUAAGAGCAUUUGCACCAAAACAUUACCGCAAAGUAGGCUGGGAACAGGACGUGCUCCCAGCGACGCUACAAUAACAAAAAAAAUAUGCUAGCAUGCAUGCGGCAGCGGGAGAAAAACUAAGCUCGGUUGUACUUGAAGUAUUUUAGAAUGUACUCACGUUAUUUUUCAGCAAUCCUCAUCCACAAAUCCAUCAAAGUCCUCAUCUUCUGUAUUCGACACAAAAAAAGCCGUCUUCUUUUCCGUUCGCUACUAGUCUGUUAACUUGUCAGUGUUAUUCAGCUCCGAAGCAAAGAAGGAAACUUCUCCUGUUGCUUCUGCCAACUUUAUUUAUUGAACGCGGCCACCAGACAGCAGCUCAGAACACACACACAUCUCUCAGCAUCGUCUCUCCUUCCUGCUUGCCCACAAGGCAAAGGUUAAACAAGCCCCACUACAUAGCUGUCCAGCCAAUGCCUGUAAGAAAUGACACCGUUUAUUUCCUGGUGUGCACUGGUCAAUACUGUAAUGCCGCUUGUUGUGGGGAAGGAGAGACUCACGUCGCCGAUGCACUUUAAUGGCUUUAUUAACAGCGGAGAACACUGCAGGACUUUACAUCCACACCAACAUAAACACACUUCCCAAAUUUCUCCAAACUCACAGCUAGCACUGAGCCUAGCUCUCCUGCUCGGGACGCCCACCGUCACUUCCCGUCACUUCCUGAUGAACUAAAGCUGUAAUGACACUCUGCCGUAUAAAAAGUAAAAUAUUAAAAACAAGCGUUACAGUAGACAUUACCAACACAGCUUUGUUCUGUGGGUCGUGGAUAUAUUCUAUCAGUUAUUAUUAAGCCUCUAGCUUCCUUUUAGUAAGUAAAAACCUUGGCUAUGAUUGCACUACAUUGUCAUGUAGACCUACAAAGUACACUUGGAAGAACAAGAGGUGAAUAAAUGUAUUGCAACUGAUGUGAAACUGAUGAGGGGUAGGAUUAAAUAAGCUUUGCUUCUUCCUACUCCUUUUUGGACAUGCAAAAUUGUGAAUUGUACUAUGUGAUGUGCUACUGUUUGACUCAUAUGCAUGUUCAGGAUUAAAACCAUGAACCAUGAUAAUAACAAGCCUAGUAGUGCUGUACAACUUUUAUCCGCAGUCCGCAGUGCCCUCUACUGGUCAACAUUAUUAUUAUUUUUUUUCUUUUUUUUCCUCUACUGGUCAACAUUCAAACUGGACGCCAAGCUGUCUAUAGAGGCCACCUGUCUAUAGCGGCCACUUUUGCAGACUCCCUCUAGUGGCCGCUAUAGACAAGUUUGACUGUACUUCAAUAUUGAGUAAAGCAAAAUUUGUUCUUCAUCAAAAAUCACUCUACACUCUUUACUGUUCGACCAUCGUUGGUAGGCAGAAGUCCAACAACCAUCAUUUGACAUUACAUAAGAGCUAAACCAUUCCUGUCUCGACCUACCUCCUCCUUUAGAUAAAUACACCGUAUCUUGCACCACGUUCUCAGAAUAGAGCUGUCCUAUCUAGUCUGACUGGUGUGUGUCCCACCUAGUCUUUGAGCAUGAACUAGACUAGAGCUGUCCUAUCUAGUCUGACUGGUGUGUGUCCCACCUCGUCUUUGAGCAUGAACUGAUGAAGCCUGCUUGGAUGAGAGGCGAAACGUCUUUUUAAACAACAGUCCAGUUGGGAUUGAUUGCAUGCCCCGAGAAUCAAAAGUAAUGGAGCAUAUAUUUUUAUGUUCUACAGGGAGAUUGAGAAUUGUUUAUUCGUCUAAUGAUGAGAUGAUGAAAAGUCACAACACUGCUGCACACGGUGGUUUCCCAUCAGUAACAAAGCUAAUGAUAACCUUGAUGUUGUGCAGUAAUGCUAACACAUUGAGUGAUAUAAAGAGGGAUCAGCUGAGGGCUACACAGGACGCAUUCAGACAAACAACAACAUCAAGGUAGGAUCUUCUCAUUUUUGGACAUUCAUGCAGAAAUAUGGCAUGCUUUCUUACCCUUUAAUGCUUUUAUGUCUGUAAACUUAUGUCAUCUAACAAGAUUGCUGUUCUGGUCCUUUUGGUUGUUUGUGAGGGUGACUUUAUGCUUGCUUUACAAUAAAAUAUAUCAUUUUGUUUUUUAUUCACCCCGGGGGACCAAAUGUGUACAUUGGAUUGUUUAAAUCUGUCAGAAAGGGACCGUUUUGGGACCUAAGGGUACAAAGAGUAAGGGUUUUGUUUUUUUUUGACAUUUUCAUUUGCUCUGAUAAUAUUAAUACAUCAAAAUCAAUGUUAUUAAUUAUUGACCUAGCCAAGGAACACAUCAGGGUUUCUUAUGACAAAAAGGGCAUAAAGAAUAUAAUUUGAAAGAUUAUAUCUAUAGGUACAUUGUUGAAAUGAUUUGAUGCUGUGAACAUGGAAAAGUAUAUAAAUUAGAUUUUAUCAGA